AACCAUACCCUAUACAGUCGCCCGGCAAAUCCACACGUACCACAUCGAGCGAGUAGGCGGGCCGUGUCUAAACGGGUGACGAAAUCAGGGGUGGUCGCAGUCAGCCCAUAUCGCUACAGGCUCUGAUGCAUGGGUGAACCUGCAAUCUAGUGGGUUGUCAUAAUAGCGCUGCGGUUUUUACACUCGUGGAAGCCAGCGCUAGGAACAUGAAGCAGGCCGUGGGACUCCACCCGUUCGCGGCACAACUUCCCCUGGAGGGGGAAGCUUCUGCUCAAGAUGUGGACAUGGUGGCAGCGACAGGCAAUCCAUCGGCGUCCCAUCGCAAGGCCGAGGCUUGGGCGACGGGCGCGCGAAUUGCCUUCAGUCCGCAGCCGCAGGAUUCCUCGGACACACUGCUGUCGCGCGCGCUCUUCUCGGCGCGGGUCAUCGACCACCUUGGCACGGGCUCGCAGUCCUCCGUCACCCUGGUCGAGCUGCCGUGCCUUGACUGCGACUCGGGCUCGGAGCCGCUGUUGGCAGCGCGCAAAAUGCUGAUGGCGGGCAACAGCCGUGAGGCGCUGCUGCGGGAGGCCACGGCACUGCGCGCGGCUGCCGCCGCUAGCCCCUUCGUGUGCCGCUGCCUGGGCUGGGCGCAGCUGCCCGGCGGGCGGCUGGCGCUGCUGACCGAGUAUGCGGACGGCGGCAGCCUACAGGAUGAGCUGGACGCACUGGUUCAGAUCCGGCGGCAGCAGGCGCUGGAGGCGGAGGCGGCGUGGCAGCAGGCGCGGGCGGCCCGAGCCUCCGCCGCCGUGGAGGCAGCACUCGCGCUGCGGGGCUCAUUCCUGCCGCCCACGCCGGCGCGGCCUGCCGCUGCCACUGCGCCCCCGGCGGAGGUGCAGCCGUCACUGGGCCAGCUGCAGCCCGCACAGCCGCAGCAGCAGGCGCCGCGGGCACAGCCAGCGCCUCAGGCUCUGCUGCCCGCCGGCUGCGCCGGUAACCACGAAAUCGGGGACGCGGAUGGUCCCCACAACGGCAUCUUCAGGAGCAUCAACGCGCUGGAGCACCGCCGGAGUGGCAGCACUUGCUCCUGCCCUCUGCCCGCCCACCACGGCGCCGCGCUGGCAUCUUCCGCCGGCGCCGGCGGCGCGGUGCGCUGCCUCUCCGCGCCACCGCCGUCGCCCGCGACCCCCGAGCCCGCCGCCGCCGACGCCUCACCACCGGCCAACAAAUCAUGGCAGCUCGACCGCGGCGAGGUCACAAGCGCGCGCCGCUUCCUCGCAUACCCGGAAACUUUUGAGACCUGCACCUCGCCCGCCGCACUUGCAGCCGCGCUAGCCGCGCCCUCGAUACCGCCGCACCUCCAACUGAAGUCGUGUGCAGCCGCGCUGCCUCUCACUAUCCUGCGCCUGCCGCAAAGCUGCGCCGGCGGGGGCUCGGACGCCAACGCCGAUGCCGUAAUUCCUUCCAGCCUGGUCAGCAGCUGCUCGGUCACCACGAGCUGCUGCACCGUCGAGGCCGGCGGCGAGCCGGGCGGAGCGGCGGAGGGCGGCGAGGGCGGCAGCGGCGGCGAGCUGCCGAUGCAGAUGCUGCUGUGCGGCGGCGGCUCAUCCUUCUUCUCCGCGACCUCGUCCUCGGUGCGCGGUGGGGAGCUGAGCGCCGGCGAGGGCGAGGAGGAGGAGGUGAUGGGCGGCAGUGGUGGGCUGUUGGGGCCCAUGGGUAUGGGUGUGGACAUGGAGCUGGACAUGGAGCUGGAGGACUGCGCCGACAGCAGCUGCCUGGGUGGCAGUGGCAGCGGCGACGGUGGCAGCGCAGGUCGUGCCUGGGCGAUUGAGGAUGGCGUUGAGGAGAUGGGCGAGGGAGAGCAUGAUGGGCAGGCGUGCGGCAGAAAUCUUAAAAUCAGUCGAUGCGCGAGCUUCAGCAGCGGGUUCAGCGCUGGUGACUCGGCUUGGGCGUCGGCUGGCGGCGAGUUCGCUCCGCCACCGCCGCCGCCGCCGCCGCCAGCACUGGUCCUCCGACCCGCUGGCUGCACAGGCCCGGCUGCCACGCAGCCGCCAGUGGUGCCGACCGGCGGUAUGGCAUCCGCUGCUGCUGCAACAGCGCCGCAGCCUGGCCACCCACCAGAGAACCAGCAACACCACCAGCACGGGCAACCCCAGCAGCAGGCGGCGCCUGCGGUGACCAGCAACAAGCCCGCGGUGCCGGUGACUGCUGCUCCUGCGGCAGCUGCCGCGGCGCCGGCGGCUGUGCUGCCGCCCCGCAUGCCGCCCAGUGAGAUGCUGAUGGCCGAGUCCCGGCUGCGGGUGGUGGCCGCGUCGCUGCUGCAUGCGCUCUAUGGGCUACACGUGCAGGGCUUUGUGCACCUGCACAUCACACCCGCCAACGUGCUGUGCAGCGGCAUCGGCCGGGUGCUCCUAGCCGACUUUGGCACCGCGCGCUGCCUCAUCGCCGCACCACACGCCCACACCGACGGCCUGCCCUGCUACCACCACGUCUGCCCCGCGCCCCCGCCUUGCCCUACCGGCCUGAUGAUGGCGGCCGCCUCGGCGGGAGCGCGCGCCGCAGCCGCCUCCGCGGCUGCCUGCGCAUUAACAGCAGACCACGGCGGGCGCGGCCGAGUUGCCGCCGGUGCGGUGCUCGAGCGGCUGCGCAGCUGGGCGGCGGCGGCCGGCGACGCGGCGGCACGGCAUCACUUUGUACCGCGCACUCGGGCCUGUGCGGCGGCAGCCGGCAGCGACGCGGGGGCAGCAGGGACCAUCGACGACGGUGCAGCCGCGCCUGCCGCGGGGCUUGUGGGCCGGGGCCCCAACAGCUCCGCCAGCGUCGGCGCCGCCGAGGCCGCGCUCAUGGUCUUCACCGCGCCCGAGCUGCGCAAGGCUGCCGUGGCCGCCGCCAGCAGCGCCGCCACGGCAGUGCUAUCCGCCGGCAGCCUGCCGCAUGCCGAGGUCGCCGCUGCCGUGCAUGCCGCGGUGGCCGCCGCGGUGCAUGCCGCCGCCUCUCCCGCCGCCGACAUGUACUCUCUGGGCGUGCUGCUGACGGCGUGCGUGGUGUGGCACGGCGACGUGGGCCGCAUGCGCGCCUACCAGCGCUACGAGACCGACAUGCCCGGCUGGGUGCCGGCGGGGCUGCGGCGGCUGGUGGAGGGGCUGCUGGACGAGCGGCCUUGCCGGCGGCCCAGCGCGGCGGCGGCGCUGUGCGACCCGUACCUGGCCGGGCUAAGCAUGGACGACCUGUUGAUCUGAUGUUGCCUGGAAUGGUGAGGUGUGGUGCGGUGUGGUGUGGAGGAGUGGUGCGCCGUGUGGUAUGAGCUGCGGGUGAGUGGGCUUCGUGGUGAGGCUUUUUGGAUCCGAUGGCGACGGCUGGCGGUCAACAUCGGGCAGGCGGAAUGUCACGCAGCGUGGUGGAUCGGAGAAUGCGUCUCUGGCUGCAGGCCAGGCCUUGGGGUGGUGGGAGGUGUGGUAUGAGAAUAGAUCCAUAGCAGUGUGAGUCGGGCUUCGAGACGGAGCAACCAGCGGCAGGGAAGGCAUGCCAGAAUGUGAGCUGGUUUCGGUCUGUGUGCGAGUAGUUGUCUGGCCGUGUGUGUUACGGCGCCGUAGAAACGAGGAAAAGAGUUAAGAGGUGUCAGACAGAUGUGUAUGUGCGCGGUCUUACUUCCAAGAUUAUUAAGCAUGUCCUUUUACGAGCAACCCGAGAUAAAGUGCGUCACCCACUCGAUUUACACCGCUUCUGCACCAUUGGCCAAGCAGGUUAAUCGUGUGGCAGUAGCUGUGGCAGACCGUUCGCCACACCCUGUGUGUGGGAACGUCUGAUGCAACGCACGCUGCCGAGGCGACGGAUGUCUGUGCUGUAAGCGCGCAGGUACAUAAGAUGCUGUACUCUUUAUCAAUAGCAGUUUGAAGUGCACGGUGUAGCGGCGUAGUCCACUGACCGCAAUGUAUUGUUUUUUACUCUCCUGGCGGCGCGCCGAACUGGUGUCUCGCCUACAAUGGCGUGUGUAGCAGUAAUUGAGCAGCGCAGCGGAGACAUUUGUGUGUGUGUGUGUGUGUGUGUGUGUGUGUGUGUGUGUGCGGUGUAUUUUCGGGAGACUUUCCCCGUGCUUCAGGGAGACCGCCUCCCUUGUCGGGAGAUUUCUUGACGAACGUAGAAAGCGCGACACGCACGGCCACUGCUGCCGCAGACACAGCAGUCGAACUGUGCCGCAGGUCGGGUCGGUUCAGUGCAGCGGCUUCGGCGUCUUUGGGGGGCCUUAGCUGCACUGAGCGUGGUGUGCGGGCGCUUGGCCUGUGCGGGCGCGUGGCCGGUGCAUGUGCAACCUGGUGCGCAUUGGCACGUGUGUGUCUCCUUGUGUGCACUUUUGUGGGCUGGGGGUUCGAACUGGUUAUCUCGAGCGACCCAGACCCGCGCGUAAUCUGAGGGUUGGUUUGAUGGACACUGUGCUGCACUGCAGCUGUGACGUGGUGCACUGGGCGGUUGGGGGCAACAUCGCGCACCUUGUUGCAACUUGCAACUUGGGGCUGUCCAAGUGCGGUGUUUGGCUGCUGGUUAUAAUCGUCUUGCGCUCUAGGCAGGAUGUGCCGGUAUCUCCAACGAUGCAAGGCCGCAAGGGAGUGAUGAGAGGCGUGGCUGUGGGGCCAGGGCUGUCGAGGGUGGUUGUGGUGAGGCUGCAGGCUGCUCCUUGUGAAUGGCCGGUGCUGCACCAGAGGCCGGAGGUCUGGUGAAUGAUGUAGCAACAGGUAGGCCGCAUGAAUGGACACCACGACUUGUGAGGAUUGUGGAGCUAUAUGUUAGCCAGUAAUAUGGCAGCUGCCGGGAUUUGCCAUUUCGGCAUGCUGGAAGGCUGGCGCGACUGUUGGCAUGGGCGCGUUGGCCGACCGGCCUCCACU